AUGUCUAAAAGAUUAAGAACAUCCUACGCUACCAAAGCAUGCACAAAUUGCCAAAGGAAACAUGCAAAAUGUUCUGGAGAAAUUCCUUGUAUAAACUGUACAGAAAAAAGUCUCGAAUGUUGCAUUUUAAUUACCGGUAAAAAACGAGGACCCAAAACAAAAAGACAUAAUAAUAUUGCUGAACAUUACAAUAAACAUUACAAUACUAAAGGCAUCCUUGAAAUUACGAACUCUAUCAAAGAUCCUUUGGAUGAUAAUUCGAAACAUCUUUUAUCUGAAAAUUUUGAAAUAACGCAACCGCAUUAUGUUCCUACAACAAAUUACGAUCCAUACGAUUCAACAAAUUUAUUUAAUUCUAACGGGGUACAAUCUUCAUUGGAAUUUCAACAAGAAAAUGCAUCUCGAGGAGUUAUGCAUGGUAUUUUAAUUAUUCCAAUUGAUUUUUCUCCAAAUAUCACAUUUAAUGGUGGUUGCAAUUUCGAACUUUAUGAAAAUAAUUUAAUUUCUGGUUCAUAUUUUCCUAAUUACAAUUCUCUUUAUUCUUUUGAUAAUUAUAAUUCUUCCAUCUCAAUCCUUGACAAAUAUAAU